AAACCUUCGCAUCGCCCGGCAAAUUGCAGCAGUAGGUGUGGGAGAGGGGAUAUAUCGAUAUUGGAAAGGAUUUAGCUUUUUUUAGAAUUUUAUCAAGACCUGUGUACGCAGGCUCGUCUAGCUGGUCAAGCUCGGGCAGCGGCCAUGAGUGUUCAGGCUGGGCAAAAGAAGACGCCUAACGAAUUCCUGAAGCAGGUUAUCGGAAGACCAGUCGUGGUCAAGCUCAACAACGGCAUCGACUACAGAGGUGUGCUAGCCUGUCUGGACGGCUACAUGAACAUUGCGUUAGAGCAGACCGAGGAGUACAACAACGGGCAGCUGAAGAACAAGUACGGCGACGCGUUCAUCCGCGGCAACAACGUCCUCUACAUCAGCACACAAAAGCGGCGAUGAACCUCCGACUCCCGAACUGCCUCAGCCCGCCCCCUCCGGGCGGCGGCUCCGCGCUGUGACCCCUCUCAUGUGCACAUCUUGGUUUUGUUCAUAUAUUUUGUAUCAAUAAAAAACAAAGGCCA